CAUCCAGCGCGAUUUUAAAGCGCCCAUAUGCGCGUGGGACAACCUCUCCCGAGAAAUUCGACAGGACAUGGCAGCUCGGCAUGGUUACGAAGCCUACACUCUCCGAUGAAAUCAGGAUCAAGUCGGAUGAAGUGUCAGGAGAUACAUCUCCCACACUAUAGAUCGACAUAGUAUAGAUAGCGAGUAUGGCAGAAGGAGAGCAUGAGGCAUGAAGAGCAUUGACGGACACUGUCAAUGGGAUGACUCGACGUCACAGCUCAUGGUCAGAAUCGGAGAGCACCGGUUCAACCGAGGCACAAUUGGGCUAUCCACCCAGGACGCCAACGGGAUCCGAGUGGAUCUCCGACUGCCCCGGAUUCUCAUCGUCAGUGGGACAGACGAGAAGAAGGGCUGGCAAGAUGGAGAGAAGAACCCCAUUCAAAGACUAAAUGGUCUAGAAUUGGCGGAUGAUCCCGGCGAGUUUCUCGGGAAGGACCGUGACCAGAGUCGCUCGUUUGGGUUUAGCGCGGUGGGCUAUUUUGGGCAUGUGAUGUGUCAGCUGACUGGCUAUCUUUAUCUAAUUGAUGAAUUUUGAUAUUCAAUCUUUUUGAAGUUUGAAUGUGAAUGGAGAUCAGGAUAAUAAUGAAUUGGAGAUAUCUACCGAGUAG